AUGUAAAAACCUUUGUUUCUUAUAUUGUUGAUUAUGGGUUGUCUGGCAACUGAAUUUGAUGAUUAAUUUGCAGAACUUGAGGAAAGUUAAUUUGGAUAAACUAUCUUAUAAACAAUUUAGAUGGAAAUGUAAACAGAUGAUCCAGUUGUUUCUAAUUUGGUGGAUAUUAUGCAAAAUUUACAAUAAACAUUAGAAAGCGAGUAAAAAAGAGAUGAUGACAGGAUUGUCAGAUUCAAAUAAAACUGUGAUAUUGCUUUAAGCUAAUUGAUAGAGAUUAUAAAUACUAAUACAGUCUCCUCACUUACGUUGAAGAGUGACUUGGAUUCAUUGAAUCCUUAAAAGGUCUAGGCUGUGGCUAGUUUGGAGAGAAAAAACUUAGAAAUUGUAGAUUUGAAGGCAGAAUUAGAUUAUUAAACAUUGAAAAGACAAAAGGAAUCAGCUACUUAUUAAACAAUAUUGGAUAACCUAGAAUAAGCUUUGUUUGGUGUCAAUUAAGUGAAAGGAUACUUCAAUAAAUAUUUAGAUGUUUUAGUUAAGAACAGAAAUAGAUUCCAAUAACCCUAACCUUCAUUCUUAUAAGAAGAUGCGAGUUUUCAAUAUAGUGAUGAUGAAGUAGAAGAGGACAUUGACACCAAGGGUAUUUCCUCAUUUGCCCAAGUAGCUCAAAAGGUGAACAAAUUGAAACAUCAUGUAUCAAAUAUAGAUUCAUUUUUAGGUUCAUUUGGAAGGUUACAAAUCGAUGAUCGAAAUCUUGAGUCAAUUAGCUAGCCAAGCUUAGACAUCAGCUGAUGAACCAAGUCAAUGUGAAGUGUUAACUAGGAAAGUGUUAUCCAUUCUAAAACAAAUUGAGAGUUACAUACAAUCAGAAAGAAUCAGAGAAGAUCAAGCUGAGAAUUUGAGAUUAAGCUCAUAUGAAGACUUAAGAACUUUGUUAUCUGACCAAUUAGUGAAGGCUAAUCAAGACAAAACCUAUAUGGAAGGUAAAUUCAGAUUAAUCUUUAGGAUUGAUUGACUCGUUGUCAAAUAGAAUUCAAUAGGCUAAAAAUGAGAAAUUUGAAGUGGAUUAGAAGAUUACAACUAAAUCAAAGGAAAAGGAAAAUAGAGAAAAUGAUUGUAGAUUGAAGAGAUAAGAGUAUGAAACAGAUACUGCAAGCAGGUUCUAUUAUGAUCCUAUUUAUUUAGAAUUAAAUAAAAGAGAUCUGUUGCAAUUGCUGUAGAUCUAAUUUCCUCGAAAUUAGGUUAACUCAAGAGGAAAUUGUUGGAAAAAUGA